AUGUCAACGUCACACAUUCUCGGCGGCGCCACCCGUUGCGGCCGAGUAAUAGGUCCGUCGUUGGACAAGAUCAUCAAGAACGCGGCGUGGCGUAAGCACACGUACCUCGUCUCCUCCUGUAAAUCCGUCCUCGACAAGCUCGAAUCUCUCCCCGACGACUUUCACGAUCCUUCCUCCGUCGUCUCCGGCCUCGCCGCAUCGGACGCAGACUCCGUUCUCCAGCCUUUCCUCUUAUCUCUCGACACCGCUUAUUCCAAGGUCGUCGAGCCAGCUCUCGAUUGCGUCUUCAAGCUCUUCUCUCUCUCAAUCCUCCGCGGCGAGAUCCAGUCGUCAAAACAAGAUUCCGUCCUCUUCAAGCUCGUCAAUGCCGUCUCCAAAGUCGGUGCUAUCGCCGAGGAACCGAUCCAACUCGCCGUUCUCCGUGUUCUUCUCUCCGCCGUUAGAUCUCCCUGCGUCUUGAUCCGUGGCGAUUGCUUGCUACACGUCGUCAAGACUUGUUACAACAUCUACCUCGGUGGAUUGAGCGGCACGACGCAGAUCUGCGCGAAAUCUGUGUUGGCUCAGAUGAUGCUCGUCAUCUUCACAAGAUCCGAGGAGGACUCGCUCGACGUUUCCGUUAAAACGGUUUACGUGAACGAUCUCUUGACUUUCACGGACAAGAGCGUCAACGAAGGAAGCUCUGUUUAUUUCUGUCAAGGGUUUGUGAACGAGGUCAUGGCUGCAGGGCAAGGGAGUCCUUUUCCUCCUCCUGAUGUGGUUCAGAUUCUGCUUCAGAAUCCGGAGACUGAAACGGUUAUGACUCCUGAUUCGCCGUCGUUUCGAGGCUACGUGACGACGAACGGAGAAGCUAACGGUUCCGAGGGAGGCGAGAACAUGAUGAGUAAGAUGAGACAGGACGCUUUCCUUCUGUUCAAGAACUUGUGUAAACUCUCCAUGAGGUUCUCUUCUCAGGAGAACAAUGAUGAUCAGAUCAUGGUGAGAGGUAAGACUCUGUCUCUUGAGUUGCUUAAGGUCAUUAUUGACAAUGGAGGUCCUGUUUGGCGCUCUAAUGACAGUUUUAUCAAUGCUGUUAAGCAAUACUUAUGCUUAUCACUGCUGAAGAACAGUGCGGUGUCAAUCAUGUCGAUAUUCCAAUUGCAAUGUGCUAUCUUCAUGAGCUUGUUAUCAAAGCUUAGAUCACAGCUAAAAGCAGAAAUCGGCAUCUUCUUUCCGAUGAUUGUCCUCCGUGUGCUCGAGAAUGUUCUCCAGCCUAGUUUCCUGCAGAAGAUGACUGUGCUCAACUUGCUGGAUAAAAUGUCUCAGGAUCCGCAGCUUAUUGUCGACAUCUUUGUGAACUAUGACUGUGAUGUGGAUUCCUCAAACAUACUAGAAAGGAUUGUCAACGGUCUUCUGAAAACUGCUCUAGGACCACCGACCGGUUCAUCAACAACGCUGUCUCCGGCACAAGAUAGCACAUUCAGGAAUGAAUCUGUCAAGUGUUUGGUUAACGUAGUUAAGGCGAUGGGAAAUUGGAUGGAUCAGCAGAUGAAAGUGAAUGAGACGGUAUGGCCUAAAGGCUCACAAAUAUAUGCUUCUAUGGACAGUAAUGCAGGCCAGAUUGGUGAAGAAGGAACUGUAUCUGACUGCGAUUCACAGCCAGAUACUAAUCCUGAAGCUUAUGAUGCUUCUAUGCUUGAGCAACGAAGAGCUUACAAGAUUGAACUCCAGAAAGGUAUCUCUCUGUUUAAUAGGAAACCUUCAAAAGGGAUCGAAUUUCUCAUAAGCAGCAAGAAGAUAGGAAAUUCCCCUGAAGAAGUGGCUUCCUUUCUGAUGAAGACAGCAGGGCUGAAUGGAACCGUGAUUGGUGAUUAUCUCGGUGAAAGAGAGGGACUUCCACUCAAAGUUAUGCAUGCAUAUGUGGACUCGUUUAACUUCGAAAAGAAGGAUUUUGUCGAAGCGAUUAGGUUCUUCCUACGUGGCUUCAGGCUACCAGGAGAAGCGCAGAAAAUAGACCGAAUCAUGGAGAAAUUUGCAGAACAUUACUGGAGAUGCAAUCCUGAUUCUUUCACAAGUGCAGACACUGCUUACGUUCUGGCAUACUCUGUGAUAAUGCUCAACACAGAUGCACACAACAACAUGGUUAAGGAUAAGAUGACGAAAGCUGACUUUGUUCGCAACAAUCGGGGAAUAGAUGAUGGCAAGGACUUACCUGAAGAGUACCUAGGCUCUCUAUAUGAUCGAGUAGUAAAAGACGAAAUCAAGAUGAACUCUGAUACUUUAGCCCCACAAAGCAAACAAGUGAAUGGCUUGAAUAAACUAUUGGGUUUAGACGGCAUCCUCAAUCUGGUUUCUUGGAUGCAACCAGAUGAGAAACCGCAUGGUGCCAAUGGGAUGCUUAUAAGGGAUAUCCAGGAACAGUUCCAAGCUAAGGCAGGGAAAUCAGAGUCAGUGUAUCAUACUGUAACCGAUGUCACCAUCUUGAGGUUCAUACUCGAGGUCUCAUGGGGACCGAUGCUUGCUGCAUUCAGUGUCACUCUUGACCAGAGUGAUGAUAGAAUGGCAACUUCUCUGUGCUUACAAGGCUUCCGAUAUGCAGUGCACGUCACUGCAGUCAUGGGAAUGCAAACUCAGAGAGAUGCAUUUGUCACUUCUAUGGCCAAGUUCACUAAUCUUCAUUGUGCUGCAGAUAUGAAGCAGAAAAAUGUUGAUGCUGUAAAAGCGAUAAUAACAAUAGCCAUAGAAGACGGUAACCAUCUACAAGGAUCUUGGGAGCAUAUAUUAACUUGCCUUUCUCGUAUAGAACACCUGCAACUUCUGGGAGAUGUCUCACCUGCAGAUACACGUUACAUUCCGAAAACAAAAGCUGAGGUAGAUGAAAAGAAAGCUUUGGGUUUUCCACAUUUAAAGAAACGUGGAGCUCUUCAGAAUCCAUCUGUGAUUGCUGUUGUAAGGGGAGGUUCUUAUGAUAGUACUUCGCUUGUGAAAACCGUUCCCAAAUUAGUUACUCCAGAGCAGAUUAAGAGUUUCAUUGCCAAUUUGAACCUGCUGGAUCAAAUAGGCAACUUUGAGUUGAACCAUGUCUAUGCUAAUAGCCAAAGGUUGAACAGUGAAGCUAUAGUUGCUUUUGUUAAAGCGCUUUGCAAAGUCUCCAUGUCAGAACUUCAGUCACCAACAGAUCCUCGUGUCUUUAGCCUCACAAAACUAGUCGAGACAGCGCAUUAUAACAUGAACAGAAUACGAUUAGUUUGGUCCCGCAUAUGGAAUGUUCUCUCUGAUUUCUUUGUAUCCGUCGGCUUGUCAGAGAAUCUCUCCGUUGCUAUAUUUGUCAUGGACUCGCUUCGUCAGCUUUCCAUGAAAUUUUUGGAGCGUGAGGAGCUAGCAAACUACCAUUUCCAGCAUGAGUUUCUUCGACCAUUCGCCAUUGUCAUGCAGAAGAGCAGUUCCGCUGAGAUAAGAGAGCUAAUAGUCCGAUGUGUUUCUCAAAUGGUUCUCAGUCGAGUUAGUAAUGUGAAAUCUGGUUGGAAAAGUGUUUUCACGGUUUUCACAACUGCAGCGAUAGACGAGAGGAAGAACAUUGUAUUGUUAGCUUUUGAGACGGUAGAGAAAAUCGUCCGAGAUCAUUUUCAUUGCAUAACUGAGACAGAGAUAUCGGUAUAUGCUGACUGCAUCAGAUGCCUCAUCACUUUCACAAACAGCAAGUUUGAAGGCGACAUUGGUUUCAACACCAUAGAGUUUCUUCGUUUCUGUGCUUCAAAGCUUGCACAAGGAGGACUUGUCUGGAACGAAAAAAUCAAGAACAAUAAUAUCUUAGCUUUAAAGGAAGAUUCAUCUGAUACAGUACAGAAUUUUAAUGACAUGGAUGAACAAGUAUCCUAUUGGGUUCCUCUGCUUUCAGGUUUAUCUAAGCAAGCAUCAGAUGCGAGACCAGCAAUUCGAAAGCGUUCCAUAGAAGUGCUCUUCAACAUUCUCAUGGACCAUGGUCAUCUUUUUACUAAACCCUUUUGGACUGGAAUCUUCAGCUCUAUCAUUCUCCCGAUUUUCAACAACAUACGUAGUAAAACCGAUAUGCUCUUCGAAGAAAGCGUUGAUUCGCCGUCCUCUGCUUCUCUAGACACCGAAGAAACUACAUGGGACUCUGAGACAUCAGCGUUUGCAUUGCAGCUUCUCGUCGAUCUACUUGUGAACUUUUUCAGCUCCGUGAGAUCUCAGCUUACAAGCGUUGUGUCAAUCCUUAUAGGGUUUAUAAAGAGUCCUGUUCAAGGCUCUACGGGCUCAGGAAUCUCUGUUUUGCUUCGUUUGGCUGAUGGAUUGGCUAGAAGCGCCUCUAAAGAUGAAUGGAGAGAGAUUUUCUUGGCUCUCAAGGAAGCAGCCUCACUUACUUUCGCGGGAUUCAUGAAAGUCUUGAGAGCCAUGGAUGAUAUCGAAGAUGUUGAAACGGUCUCUGGUCAAAGCGUAAACAAAGAUGAUCUCGAUGAUGAUAAUCUUCACAUCAUGUCUUACGUUGUCUCCAGAACAAAGAAACACAUUGAUGUCUUGUCUCAAAUCGUCGAGGUUGUGAAUGAUUUAUACAGAAAGAACCAAUUCUCAUUGUCCGCAACACAUGUGGAUAUCCUCGCAGACAUUCUCUCAUGCAUCGCGUCUCACGCGCAGCAGCUAAACACAGACACAGUCCUUCGCAGGAAGUUCAAGAGAGCAUGCUCUGUUCAAAACCUAACAGAGCCUCAACUACUUAACUUCGAGAACGAGUCUAACAAAUCGUACAUGAUGUUUCUCCAAGACAUGGUCACCUGCAAUCCAAACGUCUCUAAAGAACUCGAUCUCGAGUCUCGUCUAGUCACUGAAUGUGAAAAAGUCGUGAAGAUGUACCUUAAAUGCACAGGUCAACAACAACAAACAAAACCGAUCCAUUGGAUUCUUCCCGAUGGAUCAGAUCGGAUAGAUGAGCAACGGCAAGACUCCGUGCUCGUUCGUCACUGAGCUUAUGCUCAUUAGAGCAGAGUCUCUGAAAGACACGUGUCGAGCUUCUUCCCUUUGUUGGUGGAUCUUGUGAGGACUGAGCAUUGCUCUCCUCAAGUUCCUUACGUCCUAAGCAAUGUUUUAAAAUCUUGCAUUGGUCCUAUUUUGGCUUAA